AGGACUUCAACUCCAUCUCUUCUUCUCAUUCUGCGAAGCUAGGGUUAGGGUUAGGGUUAGGGUUAGAGUUAGAGUUGAGCUUUUUGUGGAAGCAGGAGGUGUGGAGAUGCAGCAGCAACCACCACAGAUGAUGAACAUUGCGCCUUCAUUUCCUCCCACCGCCAUCACCACUGAACAGAUUCAGAAGUAUCUGGAUGAGAACAAACAACUGAUUCUGGCAAUUCUGGAAAACCAGAACCUUGGAAAACUCGCCGAGUGUGCCCAAUAUCAAGCCCAGCUUCAGAAGAACUUGAUAUAUCUAGCUGCAAUUGCUGAUGCCCAACCACCAGCACCAACAGUGCCUCCUCAGAUGCCUAUACAUCAUGCCAUGCAACAAGGGCAUUACAUGCAACACCCUCAGGCUGCUGCAGCUCAGCAACAACCAGGCGUGUUUGGUGCAAAGUUGCCUUUCCAGCUUAGUGAUCAGCAACAACAGCAGCAGCAGCAGCAUCAUCUUCUACACCUCCAACAACAGCAACCCAUCCAAGGGCUCAUGGGCAUGAGGCCUAUCAUCAACAAUGGCAUGCAUCAGGCCAUGCAAACUGGGCUUGGUGCUUUGAGCGGUCUCAUGGAUGUACGUGGAAGCAAGCCAGAUGGCUCAGAGGUUGGUUCUGGUGAUGGCCAAGGGAAGUCAGCUUCUGGACAUGGCAGUGGAAAUAGAGAUUCCUAAGGUCGAAGAUAGUUCUAAGUGAGAUGGCUGCAGGAGGUUAAACCAUCUAGGGAUGAUAGUGUGUAGACCUUUUUGAGUACUGGCAUAUACAUAUCUACAUAUUUCAACACAUAUGAACAACCUUUACCAUCUCCACUGAAUUUGUAGUUGUAGCAUCUCCAAUGAACAGCCUCUAUUUUGAUCACUGGUAUACAUCUACAGAUCUCCAUACAUGUGAACAGCCAUUAUCUUUUGUAGAAUUGCUUUGUUUCUUUUUCACCAGUUAUGACAGUGAUGACAUUGGUGCAAACAAUGCUAAUAUACAGAGGAUAUAAUCAUUCUGGUCU